AUGAUUGCAAUCCGGAGGAGAUUACAUUUCCUUAUAUCAAAAGAACUUUCUCACGCACAUAUGUGGCUUUACCAGCGAGAUGAUGGCGAAUAUGCGUAUUCUUACUAUGAAUCUAUUCCAGAUCGUUUUACAGAAUUAUCAACUCAGAUUGACUAUGCAAAUAAAGUAUCAUGUUGUUAUUAUUAUCUCGGACGUUUACUAUGUGAUAACAAUGAAGAAAAAACAUCGCAUUUACAUGCAGCACUCAAAAAUUAUCCAAAAACCGAAACUAAUUCUUAUGAACUAACACACUGUUAUAUCUUAUUAGGAGGUAUAAAUAAAAAUAAAAGUGAUUUCAACGAAGCAAUCCUGAAUUAUAAAUCAGCAACUGGUUUCGGUUCCAAGUAUAAAAACCAGUGCUGUAUCGCACGUCUUAUCUAUAGCUAUGGUACCGUUCGUAUAAUUUUACAAAAGCAAAAUUUUAUUGGGUCAUUUAGUAUAUCACUAAGAGAAUGCCACGAAAAAUUAGAACAUUUCUUUGAGAGAUUUAACGGUAUUUCCAAUGAAGAUAUUUUCUAUGAUUAUGAUGUAAUUGUAGAUGCCUAUGAACACGAUGUUGAUGUUAGACAUCCGACACGCGAUUCAACUAAAUAUCUGGAUUAUCAAUCAGCUACAAACUCAGAUUAUGAUAAAUGGACGUGGGUCAUUAGGGCCCUUUUCUGGCCCAAAACAUUUUCGGCUUUUUGGCAUUGA